CCUGCUGGGGAAAAAUCCCCAGGAAAAUGGCUCUCUCUCUCUCUCUCUCUCUCUCUGGCCGCACAUAUCAAUGGACGAGGGGAUAAAAAUCCACCCCCUCUCCCUGUAGCCACAAAUCAAUCAAUGGAUGGGGAUUUCCCUAGCGGCGAAUGGUGUUCCAGGCGGCGGACCGGCGCAAGGAAAACGGCGGUGGGACCGACAACCACCGUAAGGGAAGUUUCGCCGGUGGGAGAAAAUCCCCACGCCAUCGCCGAAGAAAAUCCCCACGCAAUUUGUUGGACCGGCGGAGAAUCCCGUCGCGCGCGGAAGGGAGAGGAGCAGCCGAGCAGGUUUGCUUUUUUGAUUUUAAUUAAUAAAUUAAAUUUUAGAAGAAAUUACUAUAUUGUCCUUCAUUAAGUUAGAUUAAUCUGAGCCAUUGGAUUUUAAUGAUGUGGAAGGACUGAGAUUUACUUAGUCAUGUGACUAAGGCCCUCCCUCUUAGUCACCUGAUCUUAGCCCGUUUCGACACUUUGAAAUUGCCAACCCAUACCUGGUCAAAUUGCUCGCUCUAUUGGUGAUGGUAUGUUCUUAAUUUGUAACAUCAGACUUUGUGGAGUCACAUUAUAAGAGAAUAAAAAUAGUGAUCUCCUCACUUCUUAGUAGAAUAGAGAUAGAAUAGAUGCAAUUAGAGGCCUGAUGCUUAGAGACUACUUUCAUAUGAUAGUUGCUCUAGCUAGAAAUAACUAUAAGUUUCAUGCCUUUUAAGAUUAAUAUUAAGUUGUCCAUAGACCGACAAGAAUGUUCUUCUCUCUCUAGUUUAGAGUUUAGCUCGUUUGAUUUCAUUUCUUUGUGUGGGAAGGGUUUGUAAGAUUCAAGGUUGUCAACCCGCGGGUCGACUGCCAGGUCGACCCACUUUGACCUUGAGCCGACGAGAAAAAUGGGCCGCACGCACUCGUCGGGUCGACUGCUAUAAGGUGUCGGGUUGGAGGUCAAAUUGUGUCAUUUUUUCUUUGGUUUGUGAAAUGCGCCUAUUUUCGAUUUUUCUUUUUGCCUAACUCAAUCUUUGGAAUCCUUAGUUGAACAUUUGAAUAUUGAUGUUAUAUAAGUGUGUGUGAAUUUUCACUAUAUGUUGAAUCUAAGUACGACAUGUUACUUUGGUGUAAUGUUAUAUGUUAUUACUCAUAUGUUAGAUGAUGUUUGAUAUAAUUUAUUAGGAUAACUACAAUAUAAUGACUCUUUUCAUAUUUCCGGGCUGAAACGGGCUAAAAUGGGUGACCCAUUAACUCUUGACCCAUUAGCUCGACCGGGUCCGGGUCAACCUGCGGGUUGACCCCUUAAUAAGGUUCAAGUGGUUCAACCGUUUGUGUCGCUAUGGGCCUUGUUUGGGAAUCCAGAUCUGGCUUAAUGCAUUUUAUGGGCCUCAAUACUAAGCCCAAUCUUGCUCACGUCUCGAUUCCCGGUCUCGUUCCCAACGCUUGCAAGUUGCAACCCAACGCUAUUGCGAAAGUGCGAAGCUUUUUCCAUGCUUAAGCUCUGCAACCUCCUACUCCUUUUUCGAGAAGUUUUGCCCCAAUAAUCAUCUGAAAACUGCGAAUUGCCAGCAGGAAUUCCCAACUCGUCCUUCGAUCUGCCAUCCAAUUCGCGCCACACUGCAUAUCAAGUCGACUAGGAGCUUGGAACAGCGAUCAUGGCGCUCAAUCUCCGUCAGAAGCAAACAGGUAAGGGUUUUUCGUUAGUUUCUCCACCUGCCCAGAUCUCCUUUCUAGCCAUUGUUACUUGAGAACACUUAGUCAAUCCGAAAUCUGCUCGAAAUUCCCGCCCUUUAUAUCUUGCCAAUUCUGGGUUCAUGAGGUUUAGCAGAAAUCAAUCUCGUCAAUUUUCUGUGAAUCGCUGAGAUUUGCCAUUCUAUUGAAUCUGGGAUUUCGUUUGUUUGCUACACAGAAUGCAUAAUCAGGAUGUUGAAUCUGAACCAGCCCGUGAAUUCCACGGGCACCGCCAACGAAGAAGUGUACAAGAUAUUGAUCUACGACAAGUUCUGUCAAAACAUUCUCUCCCCAUUGAUCCACGUCAAGGAUCUGCGCAAGCACGGGGUGACACUCUACUUCCUCAUCGACAAGGAUCGAAAGCCGGUCCAUGAUGUACCAGCCGUGUAUUUCGUCCAGCCGAGUCAACCCAACAUCCACCGUAUCAUCACCGACGCCUCUCGUGGCCUCUAUGACAGCCUGCACUUGAACUUCUCGUCCUCCAUCCCCAGACCACUCCUGGAGGAUCUCGCCUCGGGAACCCUAGGCUCGGAUUCGAUAAACAGAAUUGCAAAGGUUCAUGAUCAGUACUUAGAGUUUGUGACAUUGGAGGACACCUUGUUCUCUUUAGCACAGAAGUCUAGUUAUGUCCAGUUGAAUGAUCCUUCAGCUGGGGAUAAGGAGAUUGAGGAGAUCGUGGAGAAGAUUGUGAGUGGCUUGUUCUGUGUGCUGGCCACCCUAGCUGUUGUUCCGGUGAUUAGAUGCCCACGUGGAGGGCCGGCUGAGAUGGUAGCUUCAGCUUUGGAUCAGAAGCUGAGGGAUCACUUGUUGGCUAAGAAUAACUUGUUCUCUGAGGGUGGCAACUUCAUGAGCUCGUUUCAAAGGCCAAUUCUGUGCCUGUUCGAUAGGAAUUUCGAGCUGGCGGUUGGGAUUCAACACGAUUUCAGGUACUGUCCACUUGUUCAUGAUGUGCUGGGGCUAAAGCUCAACAGGCUGACUGUGCAAGGAGAGAAAGGCGGGAUGAGAUCAUAUGAAUUGGACAGUUCAGAUCCAUUCUGGCUUACAAAUGGAUCUAUCGAGUUUCCUGGAGUCGCAAUGGAAAUUGAGACUCAGUUGAACAAGUACAAGAAAGAUGUUGACGAGGUGAAUCGAAGGACAGGUGGUGCUGAUGGACAGUCGGAGUUUGAAGGAACCGACUUGAUUGGAAACACAAAGCAUUUGAUGAAUGCAGUCAAUUCGCUGCCUGAGUUGACUGAACGAAAGCAGGUGAUUGAUAAGCACACCAACAUUGCAACAGUUUUGCUAGGCGAGAUCAAGGAGAGGUCUUUGGAUUCCUAUGCUAAAAUGGAGAACGACAUGAUGAUCAGAGGAGGCAUUGAUAGAAGCGAACUAAUGUCGGUUCUCAAAGGGAAAGGAAGUAAGAUGGACAAGCUGAGGUUUGCAAUCAUCUACCUCAUAUCUUCAGAGACCAUCAACCCACAAGAGGUGGAGCUGGUCGAAUCGGCUCUCAGGGAGUCAGAAGUCGACCCUUGUGCAUUCCAGUAUGUGAAGAAGAUCAAGUCUUUGAACGUCCAGCUUGCAUCAGCAAAUUCUGCAAGCAGAAGUAACAUUGUGGAUUGGGCCGAGAAGCUGUACGGUCAGUCAUUGAGUGCUGUCACUGCUGGUGUGAAGAACUUGCUGUCGAGCGACAGACAACUGGCGUUGACUAGGACCGUGGAAGCCUUGAUGGAAGGGAAACCGAAUCCUGAGAUUGACAACUAUCUCGUGUUUGAUCCGAGGGCCCCCAAGUCCAGCUCUGGGGGAGGGGGUUUGAAAGGCCCGUUUAAGGAAGCGAUUGUGUUCAUGGUUGGUGGUGGGAAUUAUGUGGAGUAUGGAGGGUUGCAGGAGCUUGCUCAAAGGCAGCAGCCUGUGAAACAUAUUGUUUAUGGGACGACGGAGAUUCUGACUGGUGCAGAGUUCGUCGAUCAGUUGACUCUUUUGGGGCAAAAGAUGGGGUUGGGGGUUAGUAGUGCUAAUCCACCUGCACCUCAUGCUCAGUAGAAUCCCAUACGUUCUUUGUAUAUGCAUAUGCAUUUGGAAGAUGAGGUAGCCGAUUUUCUGGCUUGGGAAACUUGAAAGAUCUGCUGCUCAGCAGCCAUUGUUACUCUCCGGUAUGACAUAGAUCCCUCUGUAUGACUCAUUGUUUUUUUGUUCAUUUGCAUCAAAUGAGAUUAGCUUGAGUUGGAUUUUGGGAUUUGCACACAAUCUAUCGACAGUGGACUAUAUAUUUUGUAGGUAAUAUCUGUUAAUGAUAAAUUUUGGUCAAGUCAUGGUUUCACUCUUUCCUCUGUGAUUUUAGAUCAUGUAAUCUCUACUGUUAGUUACUGCUGAUACACGGGUGUUGACACUGGGACUGUCAUUUUGUCAUUAGAUUUAGAGAAAUUUUGCGAACCUGAGUGUUCUAUGUUUGUUUAACAGUGCAAUAGAAUCUAUACUGAAUUCGUAUCUGCAGUAUAUACUUCAAACCAGUCAGCGUUCUUAUGGGGUGGAGGUAGGGAUGGCAAUGGGUCGGGUCGGGGGCGGAUAGUGCAUAUCCGUUAUCCUACCCAAUGUAGUUCGGGUUUUACCCAUACCCGAACCCACACGAGAAACGGGUAGAAAAUCAAAACCAUGCCCAUACCCGUUCGGGUUUCGGGUAUCCACGGUUAUCCAUGGGUAAUAAUUUCUCCUUAUAAUUCCAACCAAUAUGUUAAUAUUUACACAUAAUCUCACAUUACGUAAGAGGAAAAGUACGACAAUAAUUCACUAGAAUGACGAAAAUUAAUUAAAACAACAUAAUUUCAUGAAAAUAUUAUAUUUAUAUGCUAAAUAUAAAACAUUCUAGAGAAACAUAAUGAUUAUUUCUAGACAAAAUACAUAUGCAUGUGUAUAAUCGGGCGAGUUCGGGUUGGAUAGUGAGAUAACCAUGCCCACCCAUUACCCGCAAUAUUCGGGUUCGGGUUUUACCCGUACCCACGAAAAAUGCUUCGGGUUCGGGUUUUACCCUACCCGAUUAGGUCGGAUUCGGAUGGAUAUCCACGGUUACGGAUAUUUUUGCCAUCCCUAGGUGGAGGAUAUAAUUGCCAUGCGUGUAUUUAACAGUUGUGAAUUCAACGGUUGUGAUUUGCGCGAUGCGAGAUCCAAUGGCAUAAAGAUUUAGGACGUCCUUAACCCCAAGUCCAAACACUCCCAAGUAUCACAGCUAGGGGUGAACAAACACACCCGCAAACCGACCCACCCGUCCAACCCGACCCAACCCACCCGUAUUUAUCGCUAAAACGAAGGUUUUGGGUUGGGUGAAGGUUUUCUUUUGUACAACCCGCCUCUUUUGGGUUGGGUUUGGAUUUUGGAUUACACAACCCGUAGAACCCGACCCAACCCGUGUUCCAACUAUUAGUAUGAGUUCGUAUCUAAAAAAUAUUUAUGUCGUAUAUAGCAAUACUUAUGAGAAAAUUAAGAUAUUUCGCCAUGUUUUUCUAUCAUGGUCUCCCUAAUCUAAUGCAUUCUUCGACUUAAAGUUUAGACAUAAAUUGAGUAUAGUUAUGAUUCACGUAAUCCUUUUUCUUGUGUACAAUUUUAAUAGAAUAACAUAUUAUGGAUGCGUUUGUUUAUAACCUUUUUAGCCUAUUUCAACAAAUAUCGUGAAAAAAACUAGACAUAUGUUGAAGUAAAUCUACAUUUUAUUAAAAUUCAAACAACAUUUUUGAAUUUUGAUAGCUUUCACCUCGGUUUAUUCGUUUGAAAUUUUAAUUAGUUAUAAAAUAUUUUUAUGAUGUAUAAUAAUUAUAUAUUUUUAUGUUGGGUUGGGUUUUUACUUAAAAUUAUUGCCAACCCGACCCAACCCAAUUAGAAACAAACCGUAGGGUUUUAAUUUUAUUGGGUGGGUUUGGGUUUGAUAAUUUCCAAACCAUAGUGCAUGGGUCGGGUGAUUAAAAUGGUUAAACCCGAACCACCCGACCCAUGUACACCCCUAAUCACAGCCAAUAAAGGUCAAGUGCCCAG